AUGGAAAGGGAGAAGAAGAAGAAGAAGAGGAAGAGGAAGAAGAAGAAGAGGAUGAAGAAGCAACAGAAACAGAAGAAGAAGAAACAGAGAGAGAAAGGGGAAAGCGAAGAACAGAGACGGACAGCCUCCCGGAAUCCGCUCUCGUGCGGAUUUGCGCAUUUCGUGGUGCUGUGCUUCGAGCGGAUCUUCUGGGACCCGACCGCCAAUUUGUUCGGCCACGUGGGAAGCACGACCGCGUCGCGCGGCGAGCUUUUCUUGUUCUGGAACUUGUACAAGGCGCCCGUGCUGCUCGCGUUGGUGGCCGGCGAGGCGGCCUGCGUAAUGGAAAACGUCAGCGACGACGUGAUCGUCGGACGCUGCAUCGCCGUUCUGAAGGGUAUUUUCGGGAAUCAAGUGGUACCACAGCCACGCGAGAGCGUGGUGACGAGAUGGAGGGCGGAUCCCUGGGCACGAGGAUCCUACAGUUUCGUCGCGGUCGGCAGUUCCGGCAGCGAUUACGAUCUCUUGGCAGCUCCGGUCGCACCGCCGCCCAGCCCUGGCGCCCCACCCCCGCAGCCGAGAGUCUUUUUCGCAGGCGAGCACACCAUAAGAAAUUACCCAGCCACGGUGCACGGGGCAUUCCUGAGCGGCCUCCGCGAGGGUGGACGCAUCGCCGACCAGCUCUGCGGCAGCCCGUACGCGCCCCCGGCGAUGCCCGCUGCCGGCACACCGUCGACGGGCAUACCCGCGCCCACCGCGACCAGCUCGACGCCUUAAACGGUCCAGCCGCGGACGCCGUGUACGACGAUACCGUGUCACAUUCGCUUAAACGCCGGGCAAACGAGAACACCGGCCGGAACCGAACCCUCCAAGACACUUAACCGCGGCCAAUCCGGCCCGCUCGCGUUCCGUUCCGCGUUACAAUUUUAACUGUCGACGUUGAUUCUCGAGCGGGAUAGUACCUACACGAUUAGACAGGGAAUGAAAACGGCAUUACCAAGCACCCACCUCGAUCCGUUCGGCGCGGAUUUCAUCUUCCGUGAUUCUCGGUCGAGCCUGCUCGGACAGAUGCCAGUGAUAAGUAUUCAGUGAUCGGGUAUCGAGUAACCGUGGAGUAUAUUCGAUUCGUUCGAGGACUCAUUCGUUGUUUUAAGAGAAUCGCCUUACCUUGCACGCGAGUGCUAGACUACACCUGGGAACAGCGGAAACUAAUUUGCUUGUUUACUACUUCGCCUUUCGUUCUUAUUGCUCGACUGCAAGUGUUAAACACUUGGAACGGUUAGCUUGAGACUUGUUGAAUGAAACUAUGAUAGUGGAUACUCGAGCAACGUGAUUUCCAUUGCAGAAUAGACGUAACUUGAUUAUCGAAUCGAGAGGUGUCUAUAAUUUCUGGAAUCGUGAAUCGGGAGAGAGAUUCGUUUCUGCUGUUUCUAUUCGCCCAGUAAUGAUUUCUCGAGGGAACUGCCACGUUUUGUGAAAGUUGUCGUUGGCACGUGAAAUGGAAGGAGACAUUAUUGGGCGAUUAAGUGUCGCGUCGAUUGUAGUCUAGCGCACGCCGGUUCCAUUCUCCAUUUUAUUCGUCGAUCGGCGUCGUAGAAAUUCGUCGAACCGCCGAGGACCGCAACGAGAGUAUGUAGGUUCAUCGAGGUAGAUUCGUGCCUUGCUUCGCUCCACUUUCACACGUUCAUGAUUGCUUAGUUUGUACAUUAUUAUAGAAUCAUUUUUCACUGUACACGUUGGAGUAUUCUGUUUACCUGUAACUCUCUUUUCUACUCGCUUCGUAUUAUUCGCAUGCUUCACAAACGUCCCCACCUGGACUCUCCGGCCUAGGUACCAUGCUUCCGUCGCUUGUCACGUGAUCUUCGAGUCGCCGUCAGCUUCCAGCAUCGUCCGGUUUGCUCCGCUGUGAUGGACCAGACGAUCCCGUCUCUACAGUGUCUGGAAAUUACCGUUGAACGAAAUAAUUGUGAAUCGAUCGAUGGAACAGCGAAGUCCGUCUUUGAACUGUUAAGAGACGACUUCACCGGACUGCGAAAUUUUCUGCAUUUAUAAUGUUAUUUUUUAUCUGACGAGACAAUGCGCGAGGAGAAUCGAUGUUUGUUCGAUCUUACUAAAUUGAUCUACAAGGACGUACAUUCGUGUCAAAUUCUGUAUUGAUGAUCAGACUGCGCACAAAGAUGUGCGAUCGCCCCGUGAAUCUUCGCGCGGAUAGAAGCGUUUGCGCGUUGACUUAGAGAAAUUGUAGUCGAAAAGGGGAUAUGUACAUUCUAUGAAAAAUUCUGUUGAUCUCUAAGCGAAAUGAAAAGGUCGUUAAAACGUGACGAAUUAUCGAAAAUCCUGUGCGGUGUAGAUGCAUAAAAUUCGCAGUCUAAGUACCACUCACCGAUUAAAUCUGCGUCGAACGCACACGCCGCGUCGUUCGAGUUCGUUAACGCGUCGAGUGCCGCGUGGACCGUCGGCCAGUCAUGUUGGCUGACUUUCUACUCGUUUUCACACUUUGUUAAAAAAGAUACGCUGCGUAUGACCCUGUAACCCUUCCGUUGCCAAGGGCGAUCGUUGAACUGCGAAUUCUAUGCAUUUGUAACGAUUUCGAUGUCCGAAUGUUCCGCGAAGUGAAAUAUUUCAGGUAAAUGUACCGAGACGUUUGUCCUUUCCGGAAUACAAAGCUUCUAACGAUGAAAAUUUAAUCUAGUGACUGCAGCGACUCGUUGCUGAAAGCUUCUCGUGCCCUAAAACUCACCGCAAAAGCUUCGAGCGACAAGGCUGAUCGAGUUUGACCUUUAAACGAAAUUAUACCAAGCGUAUCCUUACAAUUCUUAGCAUACUAAUUCGAAGCAAUUCAACCAAGGAUCCGAAUAACUUCAGCGCCCCCUCGGCAAACCGAAAGACGUCGGACUCGAUUUACUACAAAGCGCAGACUGGCGAUUCAAGUCUCCCAAACGAUGAACAAGCAUCACCGUAACGAAAGGGUUAAUUAUAUAUUCUUCAAAUAGAAAUACAUGUUAUAUUUUAUAGCGCAUAUCGUAAUUCUCUUCUCCCCAUAAUUUCUGCGCUCCCGAAUUCCAACGAACGCGCCAACGCAGAGCCGCCGAUGGUCCACGCGGUGCGAAACGAAGAAAAUCGUCGAGCCACUCGACGGUGCGGGCAAAUUUUAAUGAAAUCCAAGAAAUUCGAAACUCGCUCGAAUCUCGUAUACAGAUGUUAACCCUCGCGAGCGUUCGAGAUUGCGAG